AUGACGACGGCGAACUCACCUCAUUCUGGUACUACUAGUCAUCACCAUUUGUCUGAAAAUAGUAAUAGUAAUACCAAUUCCUCCUCUUCCUCAUCAGGACGGUCUUUGCCAAUGUCGACAAAUCAUACAGCUUCGACUCCCGCACCGAUAAUGUUUAAGACGACCAAUAGUCCACCGCAUAUGGCAAAUUUCACCGAUAAUGCUACCAAUGCUGUCACCACCACUGCCACAAACGGUGCCGAUAAAUCAAUCAUUAAUCAGACCUCUACGACUAUCAAUGGAAAACAUCAACAGCCCAUGAAUCCAACGGCAUUAAAUUCAUCAAAGUUGGCACUUUCUUUCAUUGCUACUUCGCCAGUCGCAUUGGAAGCAUCUACCGCGUCAAUUAUAGCCACAAGUUCAGUGCCCAAUGAAAGUUCAAUCAUCACAGUACAAAAUGUUGGCAAUCGUGGACGAAAACGUUCAUCCACCGCAAUUUCCGAGGACUUGGUACCAAUGUCGAUUGAAGAUGAGAUCGCGAUAAAACGUAUGAAAAAUACAGAAGCCGCGCGCAGAUCUCGAUUGCGGAAAGCACAACGAAUGGAAUCACUCGAGCAAGAAAUUGCUGAAUUAAAAUCCGAGAAUUCGCGAUUACAAACUCGAGUCGCAGUCUUAGAAAGCGAGAAAUCGUCGUUACGUGAGAAAAGUCUCGAGAAAGAUGCGCGAGUCAGACAAUUGGAACAACAAUUAAGUGAGGCGUAUGAACGUUUAGUCAAACGCGACCCGUCAUCAACAGUUGUCGGAGGAGGAGGUGGUGGAGGGGGGUCACAUGAUAACAUUAAUGACAGUAGUAAUAAUCAUAAAGAUCGUGAAGAGAGGAUACUGGAUGAUUGUGAAAAAUAUCAAACAGUUGCAAUUGGGAAAGCACCUUUCAAUAGUGAAAGUUCACCGCCGCUUGUUAUUGACUGA